UAGUUAUUCGACAAAGUUUACUACUGUCGUGUGUGCUUUACUCAAGAAACGGAAGAGAUAUAGGGAUAUGCAAAACGGCAACGUAGGCAAACAUAAUAAUCACAAGUUUUGCCCUUUCCCAAUGUGUGCUACUUAUGUGUGUGUACAAAAAAUCAGUAAUAUUUUAGUGCAAAUGUUUUAAGAAUUGUGAGCCCAAUGCUUAACUGUUUUCAAAUGUAAUUAUAUAAUAAAUAAAAGAGCUGCAAAAUAAUCAUCCCUGUCGAGUAGCCGUGCACCUCAAGUUGGUAAAAGUAGUCAACACAGAGAAAUAAUUCGUUGAGGCUUUUUCUACGUGUGUUAGUGUUAGGAGUAGUAAUUUUGCGUGACGAAUUUAAUUUUUUUCGAAUAAAUGUAUUGUAUAGACUCGACUGCAACCUUCAUCUAGAAGUGAUUUUACGUAGCCAGGUCGAUGAAAUUUUACACCCAGCCCGACACCCUAUUGACCCAACCAUUAACAAGACCACCAGUAAGCAUGGAGGUUUCACUACCAUUGUUGUUUGAAUAAUGUCGUAUGAAAAAAUAACAACAAUAGUUACUUGAGGCUUUCAAGCCAGCAAUCUUUUGUGAGGCUAUGCGGCAACUUAGCAGCAACUGCUGAAGGCAGGACAAAGGACAGCACCAGGGGUGCGAGCGAAUGGCCAAACACCAAGUUACACUGCCCGUAAAAAAUAGAUAACAGUUUACAGCCUUACACUAGCAAAGCGGCAAAAUGCAAAAGGAGAACAAUGUAAUGGCGGAAAACUGUCAAUUCGUAGGUCCAUAUCGCUUGGAGAAGACACUUGGCAAGGGUCAAACUGGUCUCGUCAAGCUAGGCGUACAUUGUGUGAUUGGAAAAAAGGUAGCCAUUAAAAUAAUCAAUCGUGAGAAACUUAGCGAAUCAGUGCUCAUGAAGGUUGAGCGCGAAAUAGCCAUUAUGAAACUAAUCGAUCAUCCGCACGUGCUUGGUUUGAGCGAUGUAUAUGAGAACAAAAAGUAUUUGUAUCUGAUAUUGGAGCAUGUUUCUGGCGGUGAGCUUUUCGAUUAUCUCGUUAAAAAAGGUCGGCUUACGCCAAAGGAGGCACGCAAGUUUUUUAGGCAAAUCAUAUCCGCGCUUGAUUUCUGCCAUUCACACUCCAUAUGCCAUCGGGACUUGAAGCCAGAGAAUUUGCUGCUAGAUGAAAAAAAUAACAUUAAAAUAGCGGACUUUGGUAUGGCCUCACUUCAACCAGCUGGUAGCAUGUUGGAAACCUCGUGCGGAUCACCACACUAUGCCUGCCCAGAAGUCAUACGGGGUGAAAAAUAUGAUGGACGCAAGGCAGACGUAUGGUCUUGUGGUGUCAUACUGUAUGCCUUACUGGUUGGUGCGUUGCCCUUCGAUGAUGAUAACUUGCGCCAGCUGCUAGAGAAAGUGAAACGAGGAGUGUUCCAUAUUCCGCAUUUCGUUCCACCCGACUGCCAAAGCUUACUACGCGGUAUGAUUGAAGUUAAUCCAGAUAGACGGCUAACGUUGGCUGAAAUAAAUCGUCAUGCCUGGGUCACGGCUGGUGGAAAAGGUGAGCUGGAAUUGGAACUGCCCAUGAUGGAGGUGGUGCAGACACAUGUCAUACCAACGGCGACCGCUGUAGAUCCGGAUGUUUUAAAUGCCAUAUGCUCACUGGGCUGUUUUAAGGAGAAAGAUAAACUGUUGCAGGAACUGCUGAGUGCCAGCCACAAUACCGAAAAGGUUAUUUACUUUCUACUUCUGGAGCGCAAGCGGCGCCGUCCUGCACUGGAGGAUGAUGAAGAAAUUGCACUAAAAUCACGCAGCGAACUAGAUGCAGUGGAUCCACCACGCAAGCGGUUGGACAAGUGUCGUAUUAAUGGCACUAAUGCGCCCAGCUACGGACAGAUUUCUGAGGGUUCACCAUUGACGCCGCGACGGCAGGCCUUCAACUUUCGAUCAUACAGCAGCACACGUAACCAUCAACGACGCUCACCAACGACUGUGUCAACGUCGGUACGCAGCUCUUCAUAUCACAGUCCAACUCGUUGCAACUCACCAAUGAGCUUAACGCAGCAGCAGGCAAAUGCGAUAUCGCGGCCAACCUCACCUGCAGCAGGAUCACGCCAUUCAACCUACGGCGAUCGAGAGCGUUCCGGAUCGGUACAUCAUACUUCGGUUAGUCGAACACCAUCUCACAGUUCACAGAAAAGCAUUGAGGGCGAUGUGAUAGUCGUCAGGGAGCCGCGCCUUGAGCGUCGUGAUUCGGCUCGCCAAGCGCAGGAACGCAGUGGUGGUGGCUCUCCGCGAGAGCGUGGAGAUUGUGUCCCAUUGUCUAAAAGUCCAGUGGGCGAUUCGUGUGGCAAUUCCGCGGCAGCUUUACCCUCGGUGCAUCAUCGCGCCACCUCAGGUCCAACAAUUGCAAUUGUUGUAAAUCCUAAUGGAUCGCCGUUGCUUAACAAUAGUAGUCCUGGUAUGCCUGGCUCGCCCUGUAAUACGCCUGGAGGGCAGCUCUGGAAAACCCGACUCACCAACAUUAAGAACAGCUUUCUUGGCAGUCCGCGUUUUCAUCGGAGGAAAAUGCAGGUCUCCGCUGAUGAGGUGCAUUUAACGCCAGAAUCAUCGCCAGAGCUUACCAAACGCUCCUGGUUUGGUAACUUGAUAACAACGGAAAAGGAUGAAACAUUCACCAUAUUGGUGAAGGGCAAACCAAUUGCAACCGUCAAGGCUCAUUUGAUACAUGCAUUUUUAUCCAUGGCAGAAUUAUCUCAUAGUGUAGUUUCACCCACAUCGUUCCGCGUGGAGUAUAAGCGCAACGGAAACGGGUCAGUUAUGUUUCAACGUCAUGUCAAAUUUCAGGUUGAUAUUAGUCCCAUUUGUAAGCAAGGUGAUAUUGCAGAUAUGCUAUUUGCUUUAACGUUUACACUGCUAUCAGGCAACAUUAGGCGAUUUCGACGAAUUUGCGAGCACAUACAAUCCCAGGUCUGUUCUAAACGUUAUCCGGGUCCAAGCAGUCCACCAACAGUAGCCUCAGUCACUCAAGCGGUCUCAGAAAGCUCCUCCUGUGGAUCUGUGUCGAGCGAACGAUUGUCUUAUAAGCGACAGGUGAUUGAAAAUGAUCUGGAAAAUGAUUCAAUAUUUUCGUACAAAUCGGGAAGUGGACGUCGGGCUUCCACGACGAAUAACAACAAUGCCAAUGUUGUGGAUGUAUCUGGGAGUCCAAUUGCAGUGCGUUCAAAUUCUGAAACAGCUGAGCACGACCGCAACCGUAAGCUGCAGAGUGAUCGACAGGCGACAACGAUGUCCGGGAGUGCAAUUGCAUGAGAAUUAUUUCUCUGAUUUAGUUACGUUUUUUCCAAAAAUAUUUAUUUUAAACUACCACACAAUAAAACCCUUUAUUAUAAUUAAGUCAUCAAAUGGAACAAAUGAUAAAUUGAACCUCUAUUUCUUUGAAAAUACUUACAUUAGAAGUAACAUGAAAGCAAUAAUGGUGGAACUUGAAAAUUGUUUAAAAAUCUUGCAUACUCUUAUAAAAUCUAACAAAACAAAAAUUUACUUUUUGAAAGCUUCUAUUAUGAAAGCGGAAGGCUUUGAGCUGGAAUAAGUUUGUUUGCUAUUUGAAUAUAUUUAAUUAAUGUUUUAUGCCUUUUAAUAAUUUUUUUUUGUAUGAAUAUUGUUGCCGCCGCACUUAUCAAGCUUACGAAAAAACUAAAAAAAAAAUCAUGUAAAAAAUAACAAUUAAAAAUCAUAUAUAAGAAAAUUUAAAAUGUUACCAAGAGCUAUUGUAUGAGCCAGCUUAAAUCACAAUGUUAAACUUUGGAAUACUCAUAAUAUAGUCUAGGAAUGCUAUUAACUAUAAUAUUAGCUAUGCAAAUUCAAUAAUACUUACUUAAACUAAAUGCCUAACAUUUUUAUAAUGUCUUAAAACAAAUUAUUCAAAAAUGCGGUGUAGAUUGACUAAACCAACCAAAAAAUGUAUUUGCAUAGGCAUCUUAUUGCUGUUCUUAUAAGAAAAUAAUGCUUGCCACGAAUAAAGGAAAACAAGCAAAUAAAUAAGCCUACACCGCAAA